AUGAUGGUCUUUAAUGGCUUGGAUUCAGCUUAUGAGCAAGGAUCCUACUUUUUGAAAAAUUUUAAUCUGGUGGUAGGUGCUUUUUACAGUUGUUAUAGGAUACAUCAAUUGAUUACUACAUAUGUACACAAUGGGUUUACCUAACUUGUAUCUAGAACUAAAGUAUUAAAAGUGAUAGGUUAUUUGACUGCCUUGCCGCUCACACCAGCUAGGGCAUGUAAAUAUUUUACUUCCACUGAUAAAACUGAUGUUUAUUGACAGUGAUGAUUUGUUAUAAUAAUUUUCUGUGCCUCGACACCAGGCAUCCAUAAAUGAUCGAUGGUUAUAUACCAAGUAACAUGCCAAGUCAAGGUGACUUUGCCAAGGCUAAAGAUAAAUGAGGAUAUAUGAAAUUGAUUUACAUUUUAUAUUUGCAGGUACCUGUGGAAGUAGAGAUGGGGAAAGAAUGGAAGCGCGUUUUUUUCAGGAGGAAGGAAAAAACUGAAGCGUACUAGCAUACUUGGUUACCAAAUUCCAUUAUUAAAGAGCCUAGAGGUAAAAGUACUAAGGGAAUGAAACACAAAAUGAACAUACUAAGGAAAUGAAAAACAAAAUUGAUUGUAGACUUGUUUGAUGUCUAAUAGAGUCAUUAAACUGCUAUUCCCAUGAUGCUUUGGCUGCAUUUUAAGAUAUCUUUAUAAACCUUGACUGGCAAUGUGCACACAUGCAUCCGACUUUGAUUUUUUACCCUGUCUAACACCAGAUGACAGAGAGUCUUGUCAUUUAAUUAGUAUGUUAAAAUUAACUGGCAAAGAAAUAUAGCUACCGUAAACCUCUGUAUAUAUGCACCCCCCUGCAAAUAUAAGCUCCCCAUGUGUAUAUAGGCCCAUCAUGUUCACUAACAGCAUUCCAAAUUUUAGUCCCCGCGCCUCCCCUCCCCCCCAAAUAUAAGCCCUCCCAUUUUAUUAUAAGCCCUCCCAUAAUUAUAAGCCCUCCCAUAUAUAUUAUAAGCCCUCCCAUAUAUAUUAUAAGCCCUCCCAUAUAUAUUAUAAGCCCUCCCAUAUAUAUUAUAAGCCCUGCUCUUAUAUACAGAGGUUUACGCCAUUAAUUGUAUUGUUUGGUAAGGUCUAUUGAGAAACAUAUAACUAUAGAUUAUUUAGAAACAGACGAUAGUUGGUUUGAAAAGGAAUUUAAAUCUAAAACUAGGGGUGCACCGGAACUCAGUUCCGGCCGGUUAGUUCCGGCCGAAACCCCAAUUUUUCAGAGUUCCGGUUCCGGCCGUAACUAAUAAAAAAGCAUGGCCGGAACCGGAACUCUGUCGUUUUUAGAGAGAUAGAAUAUCAAGUUUAUUUAUUGAAUAAUGUCCAAUAUUUAUUGGACUACACAAGGAAAAUGUACACUAUUAACACUUCAUUAUGACAUUUAACGUUUGUCAAUCUUUUUCUAACAAUUGCGAGCUCUGUCCUCGAUGACUUGAAGCGUCUGCCUGUCUGGCAGCAGACAAAGUAACAUAUGACUAUACAUGGCUUCAUAAAUCAGUUCCGGUUCCGGCCAGAACCUUUUUCCAGUUCCAGCCGCAACUUUUAAAAAUUGGUUCCGGUGCAACCCUAUCUAAAACAGUGUUAUCCAUGGAGUAAGAAGUAUGGUAUGUCAUGGCCUAAUGAGUUAACAUUUACAAAUUUUAUCUCAUAGGCCCUUCUUCGAAAUCCUGAUAUGUUGAAGGAAGUUGAUAAUCCUCAUUGUUCUGGUGUUCUUCGUGAUGUUAUGGAUGGUGAAUUUUUUAUGAGUCAUCCUAUCUUCUCUUGUCAUAAAGAUGCCCUUCAGUUAUUUGGGUAUUAUGAUGACCUUGAAAUAGCCAAUCCUUUGGGCUAUAUAUUUUAACAUAUUGUCAUAUAAUUAUCAUUCAGAACUAUUCUAUAAUUAUCAUUCAGAAUAGAUAGUUCAUAAUUAUUGAAUUAUCUUGGCUUUUUAGGUGUCUUCUACUUUCUACUGGGCAAUAUCCGGCCUAUAUUUAGGUCAACUGUUCGCAGUAUUCAACUCAUAGGUAUUGCAAAAACAAAUGACAUAAAGAAGUAUGGGAUUGAUAGUCUUCUUGAGCCUUUCAUCAAAGAUGUUAAUACUUUAGCUAAGGUAUUAUAUGAUUUGGACUAUAUGGGUACAAGAAGUAUAAGCAUGCCAUUGUUAAUGAAUUAACUCAUUUACUGGCAAUGCACCCCCAUAUUCUUUCAGUCUGUUUUCCACCAUGAAUGUUUUUACUUAUCAAGGGGAGAUUGCUCAACCUAAUGCCAAAUAAUUUUACUUAUGGAGAGAAUGGAUAAUUAUUAAUUUAACAUGCGAUCACUCAGUGAACAAAUAGCAAGAGCAUAUAGAGUAAUAGCACAUGACCUAAGCACGGCAGUUCUUUUGGAGGGUAUAGCUCUGUUGGAGAGGAUGCACGCUACGUUUAGCAAGGCUGCAACCACAAACAGAAGUCAAUUUGGCUGUCAAGUAGGUACUCAAGCUACCGACCAACGACUAUCCCGGCUUGGCAAAUCCCAAUGAUGCCGAGAAUUCACCUCUCCAAAGACAGAACUAUUGUCACACAAAGUGGAAACCAGAAUACAAAAACGAACAAAAAAACACACAAAUACUUACCCAAGUGACGGAUCAUACAACACCAAACAAUAAAUAAUACUCCCUGACAAAGCAAAGAUAACAAUACCAUAGCUGAAAAGAAUGAAAAGCUCUGCAACGCAGGACGUGACUACAAAAUUAAGCAGAUUAGUGUUAAAACCAAUUUGAGUAACAAGGGGAAUAAUCAUCCAGAAUAGCUGGAGGUAUGCCCGCGAGCGGGCGCGGCAAGUAAGCACAACGAAAAAAUAUCCAACAGGACAACAAUUGGCGUAAUCAACAGUGCACCCCCAGAAUACGAGACGUAACAACAUAAAACGCAAGUAUUACAUAGACUAUGAGAACAAAGAAAAGUGACUGAACACAAUAAGCUACCCAGGGGUGCGCCUUGAUUGUCGGCCAAAACAAUACAUUACAGUACUCCAAUUAACGAUACAGGCACCUCUGGUCAGCAGCGACCAGGAAACGCUGAUACUAAUAUAUUUACCCAGACCUCCGCUGGUUUGCAAUAACUGAAAGCAUAGAAUGUAAAGCAACCCAUAGAAGCCAACAGGAGCAGUACAGACACAGGCACCUCUGGUCAUCAGCGACCAGGAAACGCUGAUACUAAUAUUUUUUACCCACACUGCCGCUGGUUUGCAAUAACUGAAAGCAUAGAAUGUAAAGCAACCCAUAGAAGCCAACAUAAGCGGGCAGACACUCCCAGCAAGCAGGUUAGCACCAGCAGCACCCCCCAAGAAAACCAGUGCAAACAAGCAAUGAUCUCCCAAAAAAGGGCAGGGUGGGUGGGGACGUUGUGAACUUGAAGGUCUGCAAGCAAUGAGCUAUACCUGUGAGCUCCACAGCUUAAAUAAUUUCGGUAAACCCGCAUAAUAACUAAUAUGAAUAUAUAAUUAAUAUAUACAUAAACAACACACACACAUUCGUUCUCGAAGUUAAUUAUUUUUAUUGCAUAAAAUCAUAUAAAUUUAUUCAAAAGAAACCAAAACAGUUUCAGUUCUUGUUUCAGGUUAAUGGACAUUGUUUUAAUGUAAAUGAUACCAGAAGAGUUUUCUGUGGUGAUCUCUUGCUAUGGACCGGCGAUACCCUGGGUAGUAACCAUGUAAGUGGCUUUAAGGAAGGUGCUGGCGGGGCUUUCAGGAUUUGCAGACACUGUAUGGGAACAAGGGAAGAAUGCAACAAUAAGGUGAAAUUUUUGUGUCAUUAAUUUAAUAUUUUAGACUUUUAAUUUUAGUUUUAAUACUCUUUCUAUACUUUGCACCUUAUGAGUUAAACCAUUGACUUGCAAUGCAGGCAAUUUUACUUGUCAAGGGAGCAGUCAUGCAAUUUGGUGCCAGAAAGUAUAGGGUGACUUGGGUUCCCAGUCAAUGGGUUAACCAAUUGAGCAAAAUAUAUGGUGAUGAGACAGAUCCGCCCUGAAUGUAUAUAACAUAUAAGUGUGUAUGACAUGAAAUUUCUUAUUUUCUUAAAUGAAAGAACUCUUUAAGCUGUACUGUAACUGAUUUUUUAGUUUCUUGUUUUUAUUGUUUGUUCCCGAGAUAUUUAAAUUUGUUUGAUAUGUAAAUGAGUGUGAAUAUGUCCGCUAAUUUAUGAUGUCACGUUGGUUGCAAGCUCAACUUACACAUCUAUAAACUACUUAUAAACCUAUAAACUGUAGAUAUCAUUUCACGUUUUUCUCCAGUGUUUUAUCACAUUUACCAGUGAGUGAAGUUUGAAAUUAUCAUCUUGGAUGAUAGCAAUGAUAUUCAACCAUUUUGAGGAGCUUGCAACCAAUGCGACGUCAUAAAUUAGGGGACAUGUUCACACUCAUUUACAUAUCAAACAAAUUGAAAUAUCUCGGGAACAAACCAUAAAAACAAGAAACUGAAAAAUAAGUUACACUACAGCUUAAAAAGUUCUUUCAUUCAAGAAAAUAAGAAAUAUCAUGUCAUAUGCACUUUAAAUUCUAUUCUCAGUCUAGCGUGAGGCGGUUUCUAUAGAAAAAGCUGAAAACAGACCAAAACAACCCGAGUGAACCGGGUUUAUUUUUAAAUACGUUCGAAAAUCGAAACUAGGUAAAAACUAGGAAACGAAGGUAAAAAAAAGACACAACACGCUACUCAGUACUCAUGCAAGAUAUUAAGCGUAAGGUAUGCGUAAGGUAUUUUCAAGACGUUAUUAAAUUUCAAACAAAGUCUCUUUAGUUUUUAGUGUGUAAAUGCCAAAACUUGAUUAAUUUGCAACAAACUUGUAUAAGUUUUUUUUCUUCGUUUUCCCCCGGUUUUUUUUUUGUUUUUCUGGGGGUUUUCGGUUUUCGGUUUUUCUCCAAAAGUAACAUUGAGUAUUUCGGUUUUCAAAAAACAUCAGGGUUUUUUCGGUUUACCGAAAAACCACCUCACCCUAUCUCAGUCACUUAUAGAGAAUCUGAGAAUGGCCAGAAAAUCUUAUCAUGAACAUUUUUGUUCUAGUUUCUUUCUGAAGAAUUUCAAGAAAGAAAUUUGACAAGCCACAGACGAAUUUGUAGUUGCAUUGAGGAUAAAGAUAAUGCGAAAGACAUCCGUGACCAGCUAUCCACAACCUAUGGAGUGAAUCGUUUGAGCGUACUGAACAAGGUGGAACAUUUUGAUGUCUGCAAGUGCUUCCCGGAGGACAUAAUGCAUAUUUUAUUAGAAGGUUUGGUACCAUAUGCAUACCUGUCAAAUGGAGCUAGGCUAUGUCACAUUCUCGUACCCAGAUCCAGUCUUACAUGCGGACAACAGAGCAUGUCGAGGGAACGAGAAUGGGUACCUAGCUUCUAAAUCAUUUUUGGAGUUAGACCUUUAGACUUUGGAGGUAGCGUCGCCCCAUAACUUCCUACAUCUUACAGGCAUGGUACCAUAUGAAACGAAGCUACUGUUGAAAGAAUUAAUUGAUGAAGUCAGAUGUCUGACGCUGAGCAAACUCAAUCACAGGAUGGAGAACUUCGAUUAUGGUUACAUGAACCGCAAAAACAAACCAACAACCAUUACCAGAAAGACGUUGAAUGGUUUAAAUGACACAAAGCUUAAGCAAACAGGCAUAAAUACACUACUGGGAGCUGCCGCAGAGUCUAUCGGUCUUAAGCAAAUCAUAUUAAAAUACUGCCAACCAAAUUAAUGUAACAACAACCAUUUUAAGUUUCUUUGCAAUUGUAAACCUUCAAUAGUCCCUUAAUUCUUUCUCAAUUUUCUGAUUUUAAAUGUCUUGUAUAUUCCAGUAACACUCUAUAAUCCACAUAACCUUAAAGUUAAUGUACCACUGACAAUCAAAGCACAUUCUGUAAGCAUAAUCGGUGUCAAUAUAGUGAUUCCAAAAAUAAUUAAGUAUCCAAUUGACCCAAUAUUGAGUUCUAUGUGGUAUCACUGUUUGAACUCUGAAGAUGCAGAAGAUCUUUCAACAUCUGCAAGACUGCAACCAUCCCUGCAUGAAGUUUAA